UCAUCCUUGAAUGUCAUUCAGCAUUUAGAUCCUCUUCUGUAUACAUUUUGCAGAAGUUUAUCCUUGGUGGGAGGCUCUGGGCCAGUUGCUAGGUCUCUGCUUGUUACCUUAUCGCUGCUCACUGUUCUUGUUAUUAUCUUUUGUGUAUUUGUUGCAAGGCAUCUUUGGCAUCCAUUUUCUCCAUACAAUGCAGGAUAUGCAAUUCUGGUGGUAGCAAUUGUCUUUACUAUCUAUUUAUUGAUUCUUCUUUUCCUCACAUCAGCCCAGGACCCAGGAAUCAUUCCACGCAAUUCACAUCCCCCAGAGGAGGAGUUCCGCUAUGAUUCUUCUGUUUCAGAUGAGGUUGGCAACAGGCAAACACCCAGCCUUCAGUUCCCUCGAACCAAUGAAGUUAUGGUUAAUGGAAUUCAUGUGCGCGUGAAGUAUUGUGACACAUGCAUGCUUUAUCCCCCUCCCCGUUGCUCCCACUGUUCUGUUUGCAACAAUUGUGUGGAGCGUUUUGAUCAUCAUUGCCCUUGGGUGGGGCAAUGCAUUGGACUGCGCAAUUUCCGGUACUUCUUUUUGUUCGUUUCUUCAGCAACUCUUCUCUGCAUCUAUGCGUUCUCCAUGUCAGCAUUGUACAUCAAGGUUCUGAUGGAUGAUCACCAUGGAAUAGUUUGGAAAGCCUUGAAGGAAUCUCCUCCAUCUAUCAUACUAAUGGCAUAUUGUUUCAUUUCUCUGUGGUUUGUAGGUGGGCUCACUGGGUUUCACUUGUACCUCAUUGGAACAAACCAGACUACCUAUGAAAAUUUUCGUUAUAGGGCUGACAACAGAAUCAAUGUUUACAAUCGGGGUUGUCUGAGUAAUUUUCUUGAGGUAUUUUGCACAAAGGUCAAGCCCUCAAAGAACAAUUUUCGGGCUUUUGUUCGAGAGGAGAUACCAAGACCUACUUUACCAAGUAGCAGGGAAGCAGAAGCAGAAGAUCUUGGUGGAGAUCCACGUUUGAAGGUUGAGGAUGAUCUGGAGAUCGGUGAAGAUCUAUUGAAGAUCUCCCAGCGACGUAAUAUCGAGGAAAUUGACGAGGACAUCUGCAGUAGAGGGAGCAAUGGCCCUCCUCAUACUACCUCGGAGGUUGAUUCUAUUCUGGGUUCAGAUAAUCGAGCUCCUACAAUUCAAUCUGACACUAGACACUCAAGUUGGGGAAGAAGAAGUGGCAGUUGGGAAAUUGUACCCAAUGUCUUUGCCAAUUCCACAGUUACUGAAAACAGAAGCUAUAUCAUAACAAAAGAAGCUCGCCAACAAUGUAGUAAUUUUAUAGUUGCAUGCAUGAGUGAGUGCAGUCUCUUGAUAGUGUUUUCCCUGAAGGAGGGAAGUUUCAUUGAUAGAGAAAUGAAAUACAAUUGGGGAUGA